UGCUGGGACGAAUCAGGUGCCCCGUUUUGCCGGGGUGUGCUGGUGGGAUGGCGGCGGUAUGCGGGCGGCUGCUGAGCUGUGGAGGGUGUUUUCCACCCCAUCAAAUCGUGCGUCAUGGAUCCAAGGCUGUCACUCGGCACCGCAAGCCCUUGCAUAUUCUACGUCAGAAGCUGCUGGCUGUCACGGAAUAUAUCCCUCCCAAGCCUGCCAUCCCAGAAAGAUGCAUCAGAGCUCCGAAGCAGGAGGUGAAAGAGCCAUCCGGUUUUGAAAAGCUCCUCCAGCGAGAGGUGGAAGUAACAUUCAGUGAGAAUAAAAUGAUUACCGUUUUCCAGAACAACUCCAUCAACUCAGAGGACCUGAAACUACUUCGCCAUCGAUUACUGAAACAUGAUAUUCGCAUGAAAUUCUUCCCUAACCAGGUUCUGCGUUCGUAUCUAGAAAAUACCAAGUACAGGAACCUGCUGCCUCUGUUUAUUGGUCACAAUAUCAUUAUUGUGAGUAAGGAGCCCAAAGCAAAAGAGCUUCUUCAGACCGUGCGCAAUACAACUCAGAUCAGUUUACUGGGUGCUUGUAUUGAAGAUGUACUCUUCAGCAGACAGGGCGUGGUUAACUAUUCCAGACUCCCAGGAAUGCAGAUCAUCCGUGGGGAGAUUGUCAGUGGCCUGACUCUUAUGACGUCUCAGACAUGCCAGCUUCUACAGUCUGGCCCUGCACACCUUACUGCCUUGUUGGAACAGUAUGUGAAACAGCAGAGUGAAGCUGCCACUGGACUAAAAGAGACUGAGAAUCUAGAGCAGAAGGAAAUACAAGGGAGUCCAGGAUCUUAGGACUUCUGGAAUUUAGGAUUUUUUUUCUGGGUGACAAAAUAUCCCUCUGCUUGAGGAAUCACAUAGAUUCUGGAGGAAAUAAAGCCACAUGUCUAUUCA